UAUCAAACUAGUAAAAUCGAUCAUUGAAACACCAAUAAUGCAGUCCAUAGGAGCAACAAUAGAACCACCUUUUAAGGGAUGCAAAGAAUUUAAGUACGAUUCUGAUCUGUACUGGAAAUGUUAUAUUCAAACAUUCUCUGACCCAGGACAUCAUCCGGUCUCCACCUGUAAAAUGGGUGCUUUCAAUGACGUUCGAUCUGUUGUUGACAAUAAACUCAGGGUAAAAGAUGUUUUCAACCUAAGAAUAGUGGACGCCUCGGUAUUUCCUGAGAUAACAGAUCACCCAAACGCAGCUACAAUUAUGAUAGCAGAACGAGCAGCUGCUUUGAUAUUGAAAUAAUACUUACUACAUGUAUAAUUAUUGAUUAUGAUUUGAUACUUGAAAAGAUUAACAUAAAUCCUUCACUUUAUUUUGUACUAAUUAUAAGACAUCAUCUAACAGUAUACUGUUGUUUGAAAAUUCUCUUCUCAAUUAAUUAUAUCAUCACUACAUUUAUCAUUACACAUACUACAUAUUCACCAUUUCCUUUCUCAAUUUUACAUACAUUUCAUUUAGUUUUCGACAAACUUUAGUUUUAACGAAGAUCUUUGAUUUGCUGAUAAUAAGGGACUUCACUCUUAAAACGUAGACAGGACAGUACAUUUUUUAAUAUU